GCGAGCAAGUUAGUAAUUAGGAUUAUCAGUUUGUUGGCAUUGAAGAAGAAUGGGUUUGAAGGCCUUUCAGUACUGCCUCGUGUUCUCACUCGUCUCUCAAACAAUUUACGCGCCUCCGUUCCCUUUUGGUCCUUUUGGUCCGUUUGAUUACCGACUUGACUACCGCUUUUAUGAUUGGUCGUGCCCUGGGUUGCCCAUGAUUAUCAGGUCUGGUGUUUCGGCAGCUUUGAAGGAUGACACCAGGAUGGCUGCAUCUCUUCUUCGGCUGCACUUUCACGAUUGUUUUGUAAAUGGCUGUGACGGUUCUAUCCUCCUCGAUGACACUAAAGAUUUCAAGGGAGAGAAGAAUGCUGUGCCCAACCGCAAUUCGGCUAGAGGGUUCCAAGUGAUCGACAAGAUAAAGGCAGAUGUGGAGAGGGCUUGCCCUUCAACUGUUUCAUGCGCGGACAUAUUGACCCUUGCAGCUAGAGAAGCUGUUGUCGUGUCAGGAGGGCCUUCCUGGCCUGUUCCAUUGGGGCGACGGGAUGGAUUGACUGCAAGUGAGAAAGCGGCUAAUGAACAGAUACCGUCGCCGUUUGACCCUCUACAAAACAUCACUGCCAGGUUUGCAUCAAAGGGUCUUGACUUGAUGGAUGUAGUAGUUCUCUCAGGAGCGCAUACCAUUGGCUUUGCUCAGUGCUUCACAUUCAAGAGCAGACUGUACGAUUUCAAAAACUCUGGCAAGCCCGAUCCUGCUAUGGAUUCUUCGCUCCUCUCAGUGUUAAGGAGAGCUUGUCCCAACAACAACGCAGCUGCAUCCAAUAGCAAGCUUGCUCCUCUGGACUCUAGGAGCCCAGAUACGUUCGACAACUCCUAUUACAAGAACCUAGUGAGCAACUCAGGGCUCCUCGAAUCAGAUCAGGCCUUGAUGGGGGACCCAUCCACUGCUGCCAUGGUCAAUGCUUAUAGCACGAUCCCCUUUCGUUUCAAUCGAGAUUUUGGAGCAUCCAUGGUCAAGCUCGGCGGCGUUGGGGUUCUUACCGGCCAAGCCGGGGAGAUUAGGAAGACGUGUGGCUCUGUUAACUAAUUAACCUACUCUUAUAUGUAUGCUUACUGUAGACGUUACUAGUCUCACUAUGUAUAAUUAAAUAAUAACAACUUAAUACUGCUGUCCUUGUAAGUUGCUUCCUUCUUCCUCCCAAAACUACAGUUGAUUUAUGAUCGUAAUUGUCAUCAUCUUACAUCUUACCCUGAA